GAGCGCUUGCCUUGCACGCAGCAACCAACAUAGCCGCGCACUCUGCAAAGCUCCACCAGAUCAUCCUUCGUGCUACAGUUAUAACAAAGUUUAAAGUGUCCGCGUCGCUUGGUUUGCGUCCUCGUCCCUUGUCUCAGUGACCGAGGCGAUUGUCUGUGAGCUGGAGCGGAGCUCAGCAGUGCGUUGCUGUGUCCAGUUACAUAGCGCGCUGGGCGAGGAGACACGAGGACAGAAAAAUAUACGACCCCUGGAGAGACGGCAUAGAGAGAGAGACCUGAGAAAUGUGCUGAGCAGUCAGAGACUGAGAUACUGGACGUUUUGGAUAUGAGAACGCAAACUGUGAUUACUCUAUCGUUACCUUCAUUUCCCUGAGCCACGCCGACGCUCAUCUUCUUCUUCAGACUGGUUGAAACUCGCAGCUUCGCUCCUGCUAGAUGAACGGGAGUAGUUGGAGAUUUCAUUUGGUGUGUCUCUCCGAUGCGAUUGGCUCACGGCCCGACAGGAAGUGAGCGACACCCCACCUCCCCAUGGCUCCGCCUUCGGCGGGCCGCUCCUCCCUUGCCCAGCAUGUUGUGCUGCUUGUGCAGUGCAUUCUAGUCCUGCAAGCUGGGGGCGUGGUCUGCAGGAAAGGGCCGGUGCUGCUGCCUGAGUCGCCCUGUCACCGGGCUGAACACCCUCUUAUCUCACACACAGAUAUGGAGCCUUGGAUCCACAGGUUCCGGGCUGAGGGCACGGUGGAUUACUCUCAGCUAACUUUUGACCCCAGCCAGAACGAACUGAUAGUCGGAGCCAGAAACCACCUGUUCAGACUCAAUCUGGAGGACCUCUCGCUGAUCCAGGAGGCGGAAUGGCACUGUGAUGAGUUCACUAAGGGAGCCUGCUUCAGCCGGGGCAAGUCAGAGGAGGAAUGUCAGAACUACAUCCGAGUUCUGCUGGUGAAUGGAGACAGACUGUUUACAUGCGGAACCAACGCUUUCACACCCAUCUGCACCAACCGUACCCUGACCAACCUGACAGAGAUCCAUGACCAGAUCAGUGGGAUGGCCCGUUGUCCCUACAACCCUCUCCAUAACUCCACAGCCCUGAUCACGUCCAGUGGAGAUCUGUAUGCUGCUACCGCCAUGGACUUCUCUGGCAGAGACCCAGCUAUCUACCGCAGUCUGGGGGGGCUGCCGCCUCUACGCACCGCACAGUACAACUCCAAAUGGCUGAAUGAGCCUAACUUUGUCUCCUCCUACGACAUCGGGAACUUCACCUACUUCUUCUUUCGGGAGAACGCGUUGGAACAUGACUGUGGUCGGACCGUGUUCUCACGUGCUGCCCGGGUCUGUAAGAACGACAUUGGAGGACGCUUCCUAUUGGAGGACACCUGGACCACGUUCAUGAAGGCUCGGUUGAACUGCUCUCGACCGGGAGAGAUACCGUUCAACUAUAAUGAACUACAGGGAACGUUCUAUCUGCCAGAGUUAGACCUGCUCUAUGGGAUCUUUACUACUAACGUGAAUAGCAUAGCAGCGUCUGCGGUGUGUGCCUUCAACCUCAGUGCCAUCACCCGUGUGUUCGGUGGCCCCUUCAAGUACCAGGAGAACUCUCGCUCCGCCUGGCUACCUUACCCCAACCCUAACCCUGACUUCCAGUGUGGUACCAUAGAUUAUGGUUCCUAUUUGAACCUGACAGAGAGGAACCUGCAGGAUGCUCAGAAGUUCCUGCUGAUGAACGAGGUGAUCCAGCCGGUCCAGCCUGUCCCUUACUUCAUGGAGGACGACGUUCGCUUCUCCCACGUAGCUGUGGAUGUGGUGCAGGGCAAAGACAUGCUGUUCCACAUCAUCUACCUGGCUACAGACUAUGGCACCAUCCGUAAGGUCCUGUCUCCUCUGAACCAGUCCAUGGGCAGCUGUCUAUUGGAUGAGAUUGAGUUGUUUCCGCCCAGGAGGAAACAGCCAAUCAGAAGCCUCCUGAUCCUGCACAGCAGCAGUGAACUGUAUGUCGGCGUCAGGGACCAAGUCAUCAAGAUACCACUGAUGAGAUGCGACUUUCACAAGACCAGAGAGGGGUGUGUUGGGGCGAGGGACCCUUACUGUGGCUGGGACCUGGUGUUAAGGAAGUGUACCACCCUGGAGGAGAGUGUCAGCAUGAGCCAAUGGGAACAGAGCAUCACUAAAUGCCCUGUGCGUAACUUGACGUUGGAUGGAGGGUUUGGGCCAUGGACAGGCUGGGGGGCCUGUAGCCAUACUGAUGGGGGCAGUGCUGGUUCCUGUCUGUGUAGAACCAGGCCUUGUGAUAAUCCCAAACCCCAGUGUGGGGGUCAGUCCUGUCACGGACUCAGUGUGGAGGUCGCCAACUGCUCCAGGAACGGUGUGUGGAGUCCCUGGACUCUGUGGAUCCCCUGUAGCACCAGCUGUGGCAUUGGCUUCCAGGUCCGGCAGAGGUCCUGCAGCAACCCCACCCCGCGCCACGGAGGACGAGUGUGUGUGGGGCAGAACAGAGAGGAAAGGUAUUGCAACGAGCACCUGCCCUGCCCACCUCAUGUCUAUUGGUCGGCAUGGUCAGCAUGGGAACGCUGCACAGUGCCCUGCGGAGGCGGCAUCCAAUCACGCCGCAGGACCUGCGAGAACGGUAACGAGUGCCCCGGGUGUGCUCAGGAGUACCAGUCGUGUAACACCCAGCCCUGUUCUGACCUGAAGAAGACCACCCCCUGGACCCCCUGGACACCGGUCAACAUUUCGGACAACGGCGGUCACUACGAGCAGCGGUUCCGGUACACCUGUAAGGCCCGUGUCCCUGAAGCUGCGCUGCUGGAGGUGGGCCGACAGAGGAUAGAGAUGAGGUACUGCUCCAGGGACGGCUCCACUGGAUGCUCUACUGACAGAGAUCUGCUGCGGUCGGGUAAGAUCUCCGGCCACGCUGUGACCAGAGACUGGACAUCCUGGAGCUCCUGGUCUCAGUGCAGUAGAGACUGCAGCCGAGGGAUACGAAGCCGUAAACGGUUCUGUGACUCCCCUGAACCACCCCACGGAGGACAGACCUGCCUGGGACCUGCUCAGGAGUACCAGGAGUGUAACAUCACACCCUGCCCAGUGGAUGGUAGCUGGUCGUGCUGGUCUGGCUGGUCUAUGUGUUCAGUGACGUGUGGAGGGGGACACUAUACGAGGUCACGCACCUGCAACAACCCCGCACCAGCCUACGGAGGAGAUAUCUGUCUGGGACUGCACACUGAAGAGGCUCUCUGUAACAUACAAUCAUGUCCAGAGAGUUGGUCUAACUGGUCCCUAUGGUGCCAGUGUGACAGUUCUGGCUCCCAGCUGCGUGUACGACACUGUAAUGUCCUGUUCCCUACUGGAAACCAAUGUUCAGGAAGUCACACUGAGACCAGGGCAUGCCCACCUGACUCCAACGUUAUACCGGAAGUCUCCAUCGCUCGUUCCAGUCAGGAGGAGAGAAGAUGCGGAGAUUUCAACGUGUUCCAUAUGAUCGCUGUAGGCCUGAGUAGUUCUAUCCUGGGUUGUUUGGUCACCUUACUGGUGUACACCUACUGCCAACGCUAUCAGCAGCAGUCUCACGAUGCUACAGUCAUCCACCCCAUCUCAGCAUCACCACUCAACACCUCCAUCACCAACCACAUCAACAAACUGGACAAAUACGACUCCUUGGAGGCCAUUAAGGCUUUCAAUAAGAACAACCUGAUUCUGGAGGAAAGAAAUAAGUACUUCAACCCCCAGCUAGCCGGGAAGACUUACACCAAUUCAUACUUCACUGACCUCAACACUUACGAUGACUAUUAACCCUUUGUUGGGCUACAGCAUCGGGGAGACACACCCUUGUGCAGACAACAACCCCACACCACUCGUUAUGACAAUGUCCUAUAUUUUUCCACCUCGUAAUGAAAUCUAUGACGUUUUAUGUGGGACCCUCCCACUCUGGGACCCAUUGGCAACUGCCAUCCAAUCAUAUUACAGCCACAUGGUGAUGUCAUCGAAGGGACAGACCCAUUGGCAACAGCCAUCCAAACAAAUUUACAGCCACACGGUGAUGCCAUCGAAGGGACAGACCCAUUGGCAACAGCCAUCCAAUCAAAUUACAGCCACACGGUGAUGUCAAAAAGGAAACUCGAAGAGCUUUCUGAAUGGGAAGGACCCUGCUGUGAUUUCCUGUCACUCUCUUGUCCCAGAACUGUGUCGGUUCUGGGGGAAGAAAACAAACCAACUGCUUUGCAUGAUUUUCUCUGUCACUCUGUUCAGUUUUGCAUGGUUGGUAGCGGGCGGGCAGGCAGGCAGACAGGUAGGCAGGCCGGCCACUCACUGUCCGCUGUGCUAGUGUCCUACAGAGGACCCCAAAGGGGUGGCGUUAGUUAUGCCUGAUGAAUUUGAUCCAACUAUAAUGCUCAACGGUAGAUAGUCAAGUGCUUAGCGUACCCAGAGUAGCUGUCACUCAAUAGCUACCCCAGGUUGUUGUGGAUUUAAACCAAUCACAACUCUGCAUUAUUGUAGACUUUUGUUAAACCGAUCUUGUUCUACACCGUCUACCGUUGAGUAACUAAAAUACUAGCCCUUUUGUUUAAAGAUGGGGUUGGUUAUUCAAAUAAAGACAGGAUGUAGAUCUUUUAGAGAUGUGUCCAUGUUUCUUUCUCUUACGGGGCUGGCGUUGGUGUAGCAGUUAGCGGCGGUUGAGAUAUCCGUGUAUAAUCUUUCUUGCUUUUUUGUUGACGGUAUUGUACAGUAAGCUCAUUUGGAAGCAUAUUUCUCUGUGUCUUUAUAGGUCCAUUUACUCAAUGUCAGUGUUAAAAUCAAUCAUUUGAAAUUUGAGUAGAAGAAAUUGCCCGGGAAAUAUAUAAGUGGAUCAUGUUCAAACUGUCAUCCUACUUGUUAAUAUUUUUUUAAUUUGUGGUACUUUUCAAGGUGAAACAUCUCUCUUUUGUUUAAAGAUGUACAUCCAUAUUCAGUACGUUGAUUUCUUCAAUGUUUUCAAUUGUAACUAUUUUUAUUUUUUUAAACGUUUGCUUGUUUUAUUGUGGAUAAAUAAAAUGAAAACGCUUGAUAUA